AUGUGCUCCAGCCGGAAGAUCCUGUGGAGCCUGCUGCUGCUGUCGGUGGUGGAGGUGGGCCUGGGCGUGGCCAGCAUCGUGCUGGGCGCCGUGGGCAUCAGCUGGGUGCGGGGCGAACACGCUCCGCAACAGGGCGACGCUUCGCCGGUCUGGAGCGGACUCUGCUUUCUGCUCUGUGGGAUGUGUGGGGUGCUGUGUGCCAGAAAAAGGACUGGCCUCAUCAUGAUCCUCUUCUCUGCAUGCUGUAUCUGCGGUCUGAUCGGGGGGAUCCUCAACUUCCAGUUUGUGCGAGCGCUGAAUAGACGGCCGGACCCCCUGCACUCCGUGCACCUGGCCGCCAUGACACUUGCCUGCCUGGGGAUCUCCUCGUGUACCCUGUCGACCUGGCUGACCUGCCGGCUGGCGAGCUCCGAGCAGCAGCGGAUGUUCUUAGAGAGGGAGCACUCGCUGCACCAUUCCCACGAGAUGGCUGAGAAGGAGAUUUUGGACAACUCCAGCAACGGCAUCCCCCAGAUCUCCUACAACGGUCACACCACCGCAUCGCUCUAA